UGUCGCGUUAAUCGUGUUUCACCACAUUUCUAUUUCAUAUCAUGAAUCUGAAUCUGCUAUAAAAGAUCUUUUUGUUAUGAAUUUUCUUUUUUGAAUCGAAAUACUGUAGUAUAUGUGUGCACAUCACUUUAUCAUCUCAUUUUUGUAACUUUUGUGAUUUGUGACACUCGUGACUUCAGCAGACGUUAUGACAUCGUUUACAGUGCCGGUUACUGUUAAAUUCGCCCGUAUUGCGAUGGAAGGGAUUUUUCAAACCAACAAAAACAUCUUGAGGCCAACAAGGUGUUCUUCUUAUGCUGUACUAAAACAUAACUUAAGCACAGCAGCAGAACAAAAAAACGAAAGCAAUCAAGCAAACAGUGAACAAAACUUAUCUGAAAAUGAGAAGAAGUUGAAGUCAGAAGUCGAAUCGUUGACAAAAGAAGUGACAGAAUUAAAAGAAAAAAAUGCGGAACUCAAUGAUAAAUACAAAAGAGCAUUGGCUGAUAGUGAAAACUUGAGAGUGAGAUUAACAAAACAGAUAGAAGAUGCAAAAAUCUUUGGGAUUCAAGGAUUUUGCAAGGAUCUACUGGACGUUGCCGAUAUCCUUGGUAAAGCCACAGAAAGUGUUCCAAAGGAUGAAAUCACGGAAAGAAAUCCUCACCUAAAAAGCCUCUAUGAAGGCUUGACUAUGACUGAAGCACAACUUCACAAAGUAUUCAAAAAGCAUGGUUUAAUCUCUGUGAAUCCUCUCAAUGAAAGAUUUGACCCCAAUCAGCAUGAAGCUCUCUUCCAGCAGGAAGUUGAAGGCAAAGUACCAGGAACAGUCGUAGUUGUCUCGAAAAUUGGUUACAAGCUGCACGAGAGAAUAGUUAGACCAGCACUUGUUGGUGUUGCUAAAGGUUAAAGUUAGUAUUCUAGAUCACCAGAAUACACGUUAAAAUUUAAUUAAAAGAAAUUUUUAAUGUAACUAAACAUUACCUUACUGCAACGAUAAUCUGUGAGUUCACAGGCAUUAAAAAUAUAUUUAAUUAUGUACAUUAAGUCAGACUCUAUUUGUUGUAAAAUACGGAACCAAUAAGUACUGGUUAAAUGGUGUCGCAAAAUGAAUAAAUCGGUUGUUUUUUUUU